GAAUAAACACGACUUGCUGAUUAAAGUAAAUAUUUAUCUUUUAAGUGUGUAAAAAGUAUCCUGCACCAUGUCAUUUAUAUAUUUGAUACCAGUUGCAGUAUUUUUAUUAUUCCAGAUUACAUUUUUGGGAACUUAUAUUGCCGCUGUUCUACAGGGUCAUGUAGUACCUACAGUGCCAUAUAUAAGCGAUGAUGGCACAUACUCACCAGAAAGUUGCGUAUUUGGGCAACUCAUAAAUAUUGGCAGCAUACUAUUGGGUAUCACAAUUUACAUACGUUAUCGACAAAUUCAACAACUCUAUAGUCAUCAUCCUGAUUUAGGCUCUUUACUUUUGCGGUACAAUAAGAUUGCAUUUUGGUUUGGUUUGGCUUCUUGUUUAGGUAUAAGUAUUGUUGGUAAUUUUCAAGAGACCAAUGUACGUAUUGUUCAUUUUACGGGCGCAUUUUGCUGCUUCGGUUGUGGUACGGUGUACUUUUGGUUGCAAGCAAUAACUACCUACAUGGUAUAUCCAAUAGCCGGGACAAAAUUAUAUGGUCAUAUACGAUUGGGCAUGUCUUUAUGUUGUACCAUACUUUUCAUUUUGAUCGCGAUUACUGGUGUGAUGUCACAUAUCCUAUUCAAAGGCGAUAAUCCACGUCAAUGGUACCCUUCGGAUGGUGGCUGGUACUUCCAUGUAGUUAGCUCAAUUUCUGAAUGGAUUAUGGCUACUAUAUUCUGCUUUUAUAUACUAACAUUCACUGAAGAAUUCCGUGAUGUACGACUUGAUCAUCCAGAGUUGAGCUUCAUUUCCCAUACGAUAACUGUUUGAAAUAUUAAAAUGUAUUCAUUUAUCAUGGAUUUAAUAUUUCAAUUAAUAAUAUGUACGUAUGAACAUAUACAUAUACAUAUAUAGCUUUUCCCCCAAGAUCUGAAAGUGCUGUGAUAAGCUAUUGUUUUUUUUUUUGUUUUUGCUAGAAUGUAAUUAUUACACAGCAAAUAUAACAUGAACUAUUCAUUUA